AUGUCAGCCCACCAUCCGCGCCAGCGUCUUCCAGUCUCCUGUGAGCCGUGCCGCGUUCGCAAAAUCCGAUGUCCUCGGGAUACACCUCCUUGCGGCACUUGCUUACGGCGUCGUGUUCCACCGGAGCAGUGCGUCUAUAGUACCAGGAGACAACCGAUACCCUCACAACAACAACCGCAACAGUCCCAAUUGUCCCAACCACAACCUCAGCCACUGGGAAACGGCUCAGCAUCUCCAAACACCCCUGUCCAACCCCGCUAUCACGGUCCCACCGGGGAGCCCAAUUCUGAUCUUGUAGCUCGGAUAGAAAAGCUGGAGCAGUUGUUGCACGCAAAGGACCAACAGCAAGAAGCAGAAUCGCGUUCGCCAAGUGUUCCCCAAUUAGAUCCAGAGCUAGAAAGGAGGCGGAUAUCAGCGCCAGCGUCAGCUUCUGUAACGGGCACCCUCACCUCGUCCGCUUCGGGACAUGUGCGCUUCCUCCCCAUUAGCUCCGCCUGGCGCAUUGUGGACCGAGCCUCUAAGGAGGGCCCCUUUCCAAGCCAGGAGAGUACGGUGGCUGAUACGCCUAGCGGGCCAUAUCCUUUCGGCGAACACGACGCUGAAAACAGACCUAAUCUCUUAGCAAAGCUCCCCCCGACGGAGUAUUGUGACCAGCUAAAGAAUCUUUAUUUCCAGUCAUUUGCACCGCUUUUCCCCAUCUUACAUAGGCCUACGUUUCAAGAGCGGUAUCGUCAAUUUUUCGAGGAUCCAGAUCAGGCCUCGCUAGGAUGGCUUGCUCUCCUUUUUACUAUUAUGGGCACGGCUGUCCUUGCGCUGGAACAUGACAACCAUCUACUCGAGGCCCUCAGUCGCAAAAGUACUGCUUGGGACCGAAUCAUAGAGCUCUCGGAACGGUAUUACACUGCGGCGAUGAAAUGCCUCGAAGCAGAUCGCUAUCUCUGGCGACAUAACGUCUCGACACUGCAGGCACUACUAAAUCUUAUCUAUGGGAUUCAUCAUAGCCAUGGCCAAACAUGGACUCUUCUGGGCCUGACCUAUCACCUGGCGCUUUCGAUUGGUUGCCAUGUUGACCCGACCGCAUUCUCUUUGGAUAUUGUUGAAGCUGAGGAGCGUCGUCGUUGUUGGCUAGGCUUGACGACACUGCUUUGUAAUCAAAAUAUGGCGGUUACCGGGUUUGACAUCUAUCAAUCGGUGUUCUCGUCGCGUGUCCUGCUCCCUGCUGAGACGUUCGAUGAGGACAUCGUCCAGGGACAGCUAGGACCGCUCGCAACGUCGGCAGGCAUCACACCCGUCUCGUAUCUGAUUCGGAAAUCGCACCUCUAUCAAAUAUCCUCGAAGAUCUGUAAUGCUGUCCUGGUUGCACGGCCAGACGAUACGACUGACCUCCACCCUCUGGACGCGGCCAUCCAAGCCGAGUUAGACUCACUGGAGCAGAGUUACACCUCGAUGCUUGGGGCCAACUCGUCGGCUGCUCAUAUUAAUCUUCUGCUCAGUUUUGCCCACCACCUGGUCCUCCUUCUCCACAGUAAUAUACUGAAUGAAGCAUCCUUCUACCGAUUGCAGCAUAAUCAGUCAAAACAGCGUUGUAUGGAAAGUGCACAGCGUGUCUUAGAGCUCCAUGCCGACUUCCACCACCUGCCCCACUUCACGCCCUUCCACUGGUAUAUCCGGGGCCGGGGUGCUUUCCACGCUUUCCACGCCGCGUUUGUCCUGGUACUCAUUCUUUCUUUGGAUCCCCAAGCGCCACGUCCCUCGUAUGUGGUGCGGCUGCUGCACGAUUGCCAUGCUCGGCUCAGGGUGUCAAAGGCGCAGAGUCAGCUGUGCGCCCGAACUGCAACAAUUCUCGGCCAGAUGCUGUCUAGUAGGUGGGUGGGUGUCUCAGGGCUGGUGUCCGGUGGACUAGAUAAUUAUGGCCCGCGCACCCCAGUCUCUCAAGGGGCCAAGUCAAAUACUCAGAUAAACGCCGUCGAGCAGCCCGAAAAUCCUAGUAAUGACUAUGGUUUCCACUCGGAGAGUGUCGGGUUCCCCAGUCUGGCCCGGCAGAUUGAGCCGCAGCAAUGGAUCAACCCGAUGAACAUGGAUUGGAACCAGUGGGAUCUGAUAAUGGCUUCGUUGGGUACUGCAUCUUAA